CAGCCGUGCAUAGACACGGCCUCGGUGUUUGCGAAGUCACGACGACCCAAACACCCUUGGGACGGGUAUAUCGCCUUGACACUCGGACAGUACAUACAGGUGACAGUGGCACCUAACUUAACUGUUGGUGUCUAGGAGUCUUCUAUAUCUAUAUAUUUGUCCUUAACCAGGAAGUGAUAUAGUCAGACCUUAAUCGGGUUGCUGUUCAACCGCUUCCUCCCACCAACCACAAGCAUGCUUCUUUCAACACCAACACUGCUGCUGAUCGUUGCCGUCAUGCAGCCCGUGGACAGAACGUCCAGGAACGUCAACCCCCUUCACGGCAUCGCUUACGUCUCCGUGACGACGGACAACCUGACGGCGUCCACUCAGUUCUACACGCAGGUGCUGGGAGGGAUGCUGGUGCCAGAGUUGACCUUCACCUUCAGCGGAGAUUCUCACUACUACCGGAUGUUCCAGAAGGAGAUCCUCGACGCCAGAUCACAAGGGGUUGACCCUGCCCAGCUGGGAGUACCGGAUAUAAAGGAUAACGGCACUUACGAGGUGCGCGGAAACUUCAUCGUCUUUGACAACGGCAUCAUCCAACUUGUGACGUAUGCGCUCAAAUCAUCAUCAUCUGAUAUUGUCUUCGACAUCCGUGAUCGUCGCACCAGCGCUUGCUACAUCGCAGCCCCACAUAUAUGUUUCUGGGUCAAGGACGACGUGGAUUUCAACCAUUACAUUGCAGAACUAGAACGGAACUCACGUGAUCUUGGGUUUCAUCAGGUCAAGGUCAACAGACCAGUGAAAAUUCACAACGAAGCUGAGAGACUAGCCGUUCCCGAAAACCAGCUUGGUAUAACUUUUGACAGUGGAGACUUUGCUGGUUUAUCAUUCGCUUACUUUAAAGGUCCGAGAGGUGAGCAACUAGAACUGGGCCGGAUUACAAACCAAACACGGUACCACCUUGGCAGUGAUUACUGCCGACGGAAGGGUGUAGCUACAGCCUUCUUGGACAAUCACCCUGACAACAAAUGGAAGAAAGCUGCGAGAGUCAGUGGUCAGCUUUAUGGGUUCUUCCAUUUCGGGACAAGAACAGAUGACCUUUUGAAGUCCAUGAACUUCUACUCACAUGUCCUCGGUUCAGAGCUGGUUGCAGAACCUCUACAGGGGAUGAGCCUUGGAGGAGAUGAACUUGAAAAUAUGAUGUUUCAGAAAGAGAUUCUUGAAGCAUCAUCCUGGGGAAUUGAUCCUCGAGAUCUGGGGAUUGCAAAUGUUUCCCUGGCAGGAAAUGACAGACUUCAUCUUACUUUUAACCUGUUUGAUAACUACGCAGUUGAAACUCUGGUGUAUACAGCAGGAGGAUCUCUGUCAGAUCCCAAGUUUAAUCCCAGAUACAACUGGAGCAGUCCUGCCUACAUCAACAACAUGAACAUGGCCUUCUUCGUCGAUUCCAACGUUGAUCUGAACAACUUCCUACAUAGUGUAGAACUGAAGGCUGCCAGGAAAAAAUUCUCUCAGUUUAAACUGAAUAGGGCGGUUGAUGUGCCGACAUUAGGGGCUAGCGUUCCUGCAGCACAGUACAGUGAAGAGUUCACUGAUGGAGCUCUGAAAGGUUUCAACUACGUGUAUGCUAAGGGUCCAGCAGGGGAACAGAUAUCCUUUGUUCAGUUCAAGGGUCCAGUGGAAGCCAAACUGAAGUCAGCCCUGUUGCGGUAUUCUGCUGUCAACACUGCCUUCAAGGAGACGAAUCCGUGGGCCAGAAAAGAAUAUGACUCGUUUUGUUCUAAAUAUCCAGGAAGCCCUAUUUUCGGCUAAAGUAUAAUUCAGAAUCAAAGCUGGUUUAUCAAAUAUCAGAUGAACUGAAAUAUUUCAAUAGAAGUUAAGCAGGGACAUUUACUGGACAAGAUGAAGUCAUUGCCUUUAUGUGCUUCAAUCAUUUUUACAGCCCUACAAUCCUGGGACUCAAAGCCGAUGGCCCUUGCUUUUACUUACAAUUGAUCAUCAUGAAGAUCUGGGACAGAAUGUAUCAUAAGUAACCCACGUUUGUUGUUGGAGGUGACUUACACA